UAAACAAUUAAGCUGUAAUCAUUUUCUAAAGAAUAAUAAAAUAAACAAGAUUUAAUCUACAAUGCCGCGCGUGUUUUCUCCAGUAACUAUCCGAGGAACUAUAAAAAUGUAAAUCACCUCAUUAUAAUAAACAAAACUCUGUCAUUUACCAUUAUCCUCAAGCGCAAUGUUUGGCAUCAUCUCAUUCUUAACUGAGAACCGAUAUUGACAUGCGCCACAUGAGACGCGCGUAUUAUUUUAAUAAUUUAUUCAAAUAUUGUUUAAUUUUACUUUUAUGACAGUGACUAAAAUGAGUUACAAUCAUUCGGAUUACGCUUUGACAAAACUUGUGACGGAUUUUUUAAGUGAUGACAUCUCUAAUUAUACUAAUCAUAGUGAAGUGACGCAAACACAUCUGUUUGAUUUGUACGAGGCGUACAGAACCAAGGAGCGUGAACAACUCAGUGCUUAUAAAUCUAUCGCUUAUGUGUUUGGUGCUGUGAUAUUCCUCAGCAACCUGACUGUGGUCAUCUCCAGUGGUCUUAUCAUUAAAAAAGGUCAACAACCAAAAAGUACAUAUCUUUUACUCGGAAAUGUGUCACUCGCCGACACAAUCAUCGGGAUCUCUAUCAUUUUCGGUGUCAGCGUUGAAACCACCACAAGUUCAAACACGCUAUGCAUAUUCCAAAUUGGUAUGCUGGUUUGUCCAGCCAUGGUGUCAAUAUUCAGCGUCGGCAUGAUCGCCGUGGAUAGAUAUAUCUACAUACUACACGGAUUAUAUUACCAAAGAUGGUGCAACACCACUAAAGUGAGGAUAAUCAUAAUGUGUAUUUGGAUGAUCGGUCUAACCCUUGGAUUCAUGCCCAUCACCGGUCUCGUGAACGAAGACCACUUAGAUAUUAAGUGCACCUAUGUAGCACUCUUUCCUAGUAUUCUGAUAUUAAUAAAUUCACUUUUAAGCAUAAUACCAAUCAUAUUAGUAGCAGUAUUAUAUACCAUCAUCCUUUUCAAAGCUCUUAAGAAUGCUAAACAAAUUAAUAAAACGUUAAAAACUGUAAGAAUCAAAUCAUCCAACGACGCUACAGAAAUUCGAGCUUACCGCGGACACGGCAAUUACAAAGCAACACAAUCAGUGAAAGUUCCUAGAAAACUAAGUGUAACUAAAAUUAAAAGGAGUGCUUCAUUUGAUACUGCUGAUGGAUGUAAAAAAGAAUUAAAAACACAAAAAGACAAAUCAAAAAGCAUCGAAAACCUUAGCAACGAUCAAAUAGGCAAUUUAAAUGGCACGACUUACUCGAAAACAUCAAACAAACGUGUGUCUGAUACCAGUUUCCUCACUAUAAGUACUUCGACGAUUAUAAAUGAUUCGAUAGCUGAUAUAAGGCAAUCGCCUCAUAAAAUUGCCAAAGCAAUAGCGAAUUGCACAACCCGUUACAAAGAGAAGAUGAAAGAGCCCAAUAGAUUGAGGGCAGUGUUAAUAGUGAUGCUAACAACGGGCAGCUUCAUAAUGACAUGGAUACCGUUUUUUAUAACGGCUAUUUUCUACGUAUUCUGCGAGGAAAAAUUGACAAAUCCUAAGUGCCUAGACAUGAGAAUAUUGUUGCGAGGCCCGCUAGCAGUUAUUGCUUUUUGCAAUAAUAUAUUAAAUCCUUUGAUUUACGCAUGGUGGCAUAAAGGAUUCCAACAAAGUGUCAAGACAUAUUUCCAGAAAUACAUUAAGAGUAUAUUCAAAAACCCUUACCUCUGAUUAAUGUAAACGCUUUUUAUGUUAAGUAAUAUAUUUAAAUUUAGUACCAGUAGCUACAACAAUUUACAUGUGUAGAAUGUCUAUUAGGCAGUGUGUUUCUACGCCAAGUAAACAAG